UUCACACCCAACUAAAAAAAAAAUACAUUUGCGAAAAUGGGCAAUUUUGCUUGAAAAAGGGGCGGAAGGAAGGAGAAGAAACAGAAGAGAAGAGAUUCCUUUUCUUACUGGUUGCAGGAUUCCUUGUGCAGAACCUGGAAUUUGCGUGGAAAAUUCGGGGCUUUCGAUCGGCACAAAACGACGGACGAAAGGAACAGUACCAAUUUUAUAGAAGAAAAGAUGAUCUCUCGCCGCUGGGGCUUCUCUUGAUUAAUGACUGCGCGAUUCUUUCGCCCGAAUUUGAAACUCCACGGAAUCUUUUUCACCGUAACAAUUUCCAUUUCCAAUCUUGAAAUAGAUUCUUAUUGCCGCUUGGAAUGUGUUCGGGAUCGGUUGCUCAUUGGUAAGCUCUAGCAGAUCUCAUUUCCUGCAUGAAAUUUCUAUGAAUCAAGAAGAAGGAAUUGCAAUCGUAAACACUAGAACUGUAGUGGUUAUCUGGUUCUAAACUGAGGUGGUCGACGAGCUUUCUAGUUCUGUACAUGGUUUUGCUUUGCUAGGUUGCUAGGUUAUUUAGAAUUUGAUUUUCAUUGCUGAACUGUGCAUGUCGUUAUGUUAAAGAGGGAAGCCUUGGGAUUUAUCUCCUAUCCUCGAUGUCUGAUGGCCUUAAGUAAGCUUCAGUUUUCCAGCGGAGUCUUUUAUCCAUGCGAAUUAAGGGAGCUUGAUGACUCUAGCAGAAUCAAGGGGAUGUAUUUGACUGAAUGGAGUCGGAGCUCUGCUCUCAGCUCCUGUAAUGCUAUGAGAGUGAAAUGUUCCUAUGAUCAUAGUGAUGUUCCCUUUAGACGACACGAUGAGAGAUCUAAAGCUCAUGCCAUGGCUCCAUUGCGGCAGAUAUUUCGUGAUUCGAGAGUGUUAAGGAAGCAGGCUGGGAAAGAAUUUGUGAAUGGAUUCGGGAAGCCUCUUAAAUAUCCUCAACAAUGGAAGCGUGAGAAAAUAGCAGUUGCUGUUGAUGUUGAUGAAGUUCUUGGCAGUUUUAUCACGGCGCUCAAUAAAUUUAUCGCAGAUCGGUACUCAUCAUAUCACACGGUUUCAGACUAUCAUAUCUAUGAAUUCUUUAGGAUAUGGAAAUGCACUCGUGCUGAAGCUGAAAUACGAGUCCACGAGUUUUUUCGAACUCAGUAUUUUACAUCUGGGAUUCAUCCCAUUCCUGGCGCUCAUGCUGCUCUUUGUAACUUGUCGACAUUCUGCAAUUUAUCGGUUGUGACAUCUCGGCAAAAUGUAAUCAAGGAUCAGACAUGUGAUUGGCUUGAGAGGCAUUAUCCCGGCUUGUUCAGGGAGAUCCACUUUGGAAAUCAUUUUGCGCUGGAUGGGAAAUCAAGGCCAAAAUCUGAGAUUUGCAGAUCCAUUGGGGCUGAGGUGCUGAUAGAUGACAAUCCAAGAUAUGCUGUAGAAUGUGCUGAGGCUGGCAUUAGAGUCCUUCUCUUUGAUUACCACAACUCAUACCCAUGGUGCAAGGAUGGCUCGGUAGAUUCUUACAGCCUUGUCACCAAGGUUCAUAAUUGGGAGGAGGUGGAGCAGUGCCUGUUAUCUUGGGCACUUGUUUAAGAACAUGGUUAGUAUCUUCAAUUCUUAAUUCUUUUUUAGCUGAAAACUCAAUUUUAGCCAGGCCUAUGGUAACCUGGAAAAGUCUAGUUUUUAUGUUUUUAGCCCCCCCACAACAUAUUUUGGGCACAAUGAGAAAACUUUAGAAGGUCAGGAUUUAUAUGCUCGUCCAAGUGGUAAGGGUGAGGAAUUUCUCUCUCUAUCUCUUCUUUAUCUCUGUUACAAUCUUCAGCUUCUCAGCCUUAGAGCAUAUGAAUUUGCUGAUAUUUGGUGAUUCAGUUUAUUUCAUCGAACGGUGGCUAUGGUUUUAAUAUGUUUUGCUUGUAAGUUUAGGGUUGAGGUAUUUUGGUUCAAAUAUAGGCAGAAUAAACAUUCUUGUCA